CUAUAAUAUUGCGAAAGCGUAGUCGCAAUGGUGCCUACGAUAAAAGCAGUACAGACCAUCAGCUUCGGCGAGGGCCCACACUGGGACGUAGAUGAACAAGUUCUGUACUACGUUAACUUCCUCGACAGCACAAUCAACAAAUACAACCCAGCAACCGGGCAGAACACCAAAACCAAUAUAGCCCAGUUUCCAAAAACAUACACAUCAUUCGUGAUUCCAAUCGAGGGUAGAAAACACCACUUCCUCUGCGGCAUAAAGCGAGACAUCGUCGAAAUAGAAUGGAAGGGCGAUAACGACAAAGCGGUGGUCCUGCGAACUAUUGCCAGUGUCGAAAAUGACCGACCCGAAAAUUUCUUGAAUGACGGCAAGGCAGACCGGAAAGGACGUUUGGUUACAGGAACAGUAAGUGGUAACCGCGACAGUGAAACUCUGGAUGACAUGAUACUGCCCGAAAAAGGUUCUUUGUACAGAAUAGAUAGCGAUGGCCACGUACACAAGUUAGACGAAAAGAUCACCAUACCUAAUGGUUUGGCGUGGGAUGCAGAAGGAAAGACCUUGUAUCACGUGGACACUAUGGACUGCAUUCGACGAUACGACUACAACAUUGAGACUGGACAUAUAUCAAAUUGUCAAAAAUUAUUUGUCCCGAAUGAUCACGGGAUCGAAGGAAUAUGUGACGGCCUGACCAUAGACACGGAUGACAAUCUCUGGGUUGCCGUAUAUCAAGGGGGUCAGAUAUUAAAAAUUGAUGGCAAAACGGGAGAAAUACUUCAGACAGUGACAAUGCCAACUAGAGAUGUGACAUCACUGACUUUCGGCGGACCGAAUUUAGACAUCUUGUACGUUACUUCUAGCAAUAUGCAAUGGCAAAGGAACGAACCUGUGUGGGGAGCGGCUAUUUACGAGGUCUAUGGACUGUGUGUACGAGGAUAUCCUGCAUUUAAAGUUCAAUUAAAUAGCUGA